AUGGCGGACGCCCUGCCGCCCACCGUGGAGGCGCUCAUCCACCUAAUCUGCCUUGUGCACAAACAGCCUCCUCUCCCGUUCACGACGAGGCGGCAGCUCGCUCGGUUGGGCGAAAUUGAGUCCAUGGCCAUCCUCCGCGAAAUCGACACUCGGGGAGUUAGUAAGACUUUCGACGAUUCCGUUCAGAUGAUCCUCCGAGGGAAGUCGCCGUCGCAGUCGCAGUCCCCGUCGACAGCUCCACUGUAUUCUUCUUCCUCUUCUACAUUUACAUCCCCGCAGCGGCAGCAGCAGCAGCUCAGUGGUAGCCCUAAACCCACGUGGCUAAUGAUGCAUACUCGAGUUGGUCACUUCAGUCAAUCUUCUGCUUCUACGCCAGUGAAGCGCCUUCGUCUGUCUCCACCGACGUCACCGCCGCAGCAGCUUGCUCGUAGCCUUUCUCCCACGCUGCUAAUGACGGAUGCUCGAGAUGGUGACUUGGAUCUUCAAUGGGUCGUUCGUCGUAAACUGGAGGACGAUUUCCGUGAUCCUCCGGCCGCUACCAUGGAGCAUCUGAAGGAGCUUGAAUUUAGGAAGGCAUUUCUCAUAUUGAGCUACCUGAGAGGGAAGAAGUUGAAAGACUAUAUGAAUAUGACGGCCGAUCAAAUCAGAGAGCUACGGAGUUUACCGAUGAGAAAAUUCGAGGAACUAGUUUGGAGUGCCAUUGGCAUGCCAUGUAUCGGGGAUGAAACACAACGGAUAAAGAGUGAUGAUUGGAACCCCAGGCGGCCUCAUGUGUACCAAUGCACUGUGGACCAUAACCACCAUGACAAUUAUGAUACUGGGUUGAGUUAUGAGUUCAAGGGUCCUUACUUUACCAACAUGAGAAAUUUCCUGCAUGCUACUCUGGGGGAUGAGAAUGUUUUGCUGGUCAAGUUCAGUGACAAGGGGAACAAAGAUAAAAGCAUACCAAAGUGCAAUGAUCGUUGUUAUGCCAAGUAUGCGACAGAUAUCAUUAAAGAUGGGAUUCAUGUUGGUCCGCAUCGUUUCCAUUUUUUCGUGUUCAAAGACGGACAGAAAGAGGAAAAGAAGAAAGAUUCAACUACAUCACCAGUGAAGUGUUAUUUUAUCCGCUUAGAUGGCAAUAUGAAAUUCAAGUCGAUUCGUGAAGCUAGAUCUUUCUUUAUGCAUCUAGACUCUUUGCCAAAUUUAUCCAAGUACAUGGCUCGGUUUUCUCUCAUUUUGUCAAAGACCAUAAAACUGGAUGUGGAUCUAGCAGAUGUGUUUGUUGAUAGGGCCGAUGACAUUCUUUGCAGCGAUGAAGAAGGUAAGAUUGUGUAUGAUAAGAAAGGCAAGCCGCUCAUAUAUACAGAUGGAACUGGGUUCAUAUCAGAGGAUUUAGCACGGUUGUGCCCAAUUGUAACUCAAGGGAGGUGUCUGGACAGUGACAUUGGGGAGAAUCGUGAAGUGAACUUCUUAGGAUCUCGCCCCAGGGAACCUCCCUUGCUUAUGCAGCUGCGCCUUUUUCACAAAGGAAAAGCUAUAAAGGGAACUCUGCUUCUUAAUAAGAAGCUUUCUCCUAAAACCAUUGUCUUUCGCCAAUCCAUGGUUAAAGUUGAUGCGGAUCUAAAUCUGUCACAUAAGGCUACUGCAAACUCAAUGGAGAUAGUUAACACAAGCCGUCGCCCAAAGCCUGCAGAGCUUUCAAGAAACUUGAUUGCCCUGCUCAGCUAUGGAGGUGUUCCAAAGGACUUCUUCAUGGAUCUCGUGGGUAAAGCCUUAGAUGAUGCUCUUGUUUUCAAAAGGCGUGCUGCUGCUCGAGCUGCAACUUUUCCUUAUGAGAAGGAAAUGCUUUUAUCUGGGAUUCCAUUUGAAGAAUCAUACCUGAAGUUUCGUUUGCCCAACUUGAUGACUGACGAGAAGAAAAGGUUGAGAGGAGGUAAAAUUCCUUUGCCCGAGUCAUAUUAUUUAAUGGGGACAACUGAUCCCUCCGGAGUUUUGAAGAAUGGUGAAGUUUGCAUAAUCUUAGAUAAUGGACAGGUUUCCGGAAAGGUGUUAGUAUAUAGGAACCCAGGAUUGCAUUUUGGUGAUAUCCAUAUUUUAGAGGCUGUCUAUCUGAAGGAAAUGGAAGGUUACGUGGGCAGUUCCAAAUUUGCUAUCUUCUUCCCUAUUCAUGGACCAAGGUCCUUGGCAGAUGAGAUGGCUGGUGGUGACUAUGACGGUGACAUGUUUUUUGUGUCGAGAAAUCCUCAGCUGCUGGAGAGUUUUCUUCAAAGUGAACCAUGGGAAAGUUCUUCUCUGUCUGCGUCUCAAUGUGAAAAGCCAAGCGAAAUUCCGAGCAAAAUGUCUGAUGAGCUGUUGGAGACUGAGCUUUUCAAACUAUUUUUAGCAACACGAUUUAAUGCAAGUUCCACUGCAGGGAUGGCUGCUGAAAGCUGGCUGGCAAUGAUGGACCGGCUUUUAAUAGCGGAAUUUGAUGGUACAAUUGACGUGAACAAGUGUGCUUUGAAGAAGAAUAUCCUGAGCGUGAUUGAUAUAUAUUACGACGCUCUAGAUGCACCAAAAAGUGGAGCAAAGGUUGAACUUCCACCAAAGUUGAAGAUGGAUAGAUUCCCGCACUACAUGGAAAAGCCUGACUAUAGGUCGUACAAGUCUACUUCGAUACUGGGACUAAUAUAUGAUGAAGUGAGGAAGUUUGAAGCUAGGGAUGACAUGCCAAUUAGUGAAAUCGUGAAACUGCCUUGCUUCGCUGGACAAGUUCCUCCACAUCUCAUCGAGAAGUGGGAGAAAGAGUAUAGCCUCUACAGGAUUGAGAUGGCAAGAUGUUGCAGCAAAGAAGUUGGGAAAAAUAUAGCUGCCGAUGAAAUCAAUGAGAAAUACAGAAAGAUCUUCUAUGGCCCCACUGGGGACUUCUGUACGAGCGAGAAGAAGCAGGAAGAAUUGUUCGACGAGGCUCGAGCAAUAUAUCAGGUUGUUUACGAGUAUGCCGAGCAAAGGAGACGCUCGGUGGCAAAUGACCCCGAGAAGGUAAGGAAAGCCAUUAACUUAUGUGCCUUCGCAUGGAAAGUAGCAGGCUCGGCUCUCUGUGCAUUGUACAUGUCGAGUCGCGGCGAGAAGCCCUUGCUGUGCUCCGAGUCCGCUUUCAAGGAAAUGUUUGGACAAACCAACAACUCCGCCAAGUAA